AUGGGGAGAAAACUACCAUGGAAGACAUCUUCGACUCCUUCGGGCCCUGAAAGGAAAACUUCAGUCAAGUCGGAGAGUCCACUACCCACACCAUCACGAGCGCCCGUUCCAGGCACGCCCUCAGCUUCCCGUAAGAAACCGCGUCGCGAGUGCGUGAUAGAGGCAGAAGGUAUUCCAGACUCAACACUUUCAUCAAAACUACAAAGAAACCGACAAUAUCAUGCAGAUGCCACACGCAGUCCUUCGACCUCGCCUCCGCCGGAACCGCCCAAAGAAAGGUCCAUCUCACUCCCAGACUCACACUCUUACCACACGCUAAUCAGACUCAGAUUCAUGAGACCAGGCCUCGACCACGAUGACAGAUAUCGUAUAGUGGAAGACGAAUUUGUCAAUAUGGCUCACCAGUUCACACUUCACAUUCAUACUUCUGAAUACAACCGUUUGAAGAAUUUGGCUAAACACCAAAACGCAGACACAAUCCGCGAGAUUGAGAGGCCUGUAGUCGGCGCGCCAACCCUUCUUACAAGACAUCGUCAGGAGGACGUGCGCCGCAACGCUAAACAACGCAAGCUCUUGGGUACUGACGCAAACCAGAAGAAGGACUCCCCUUACGUAGGGUCAAGUCUGCAAGGUCUCAUGGAGAGUCCCAGAAAGGAGCACAAGUGGAUAUCAACAAGUCUAGCUGAUACCGCAGCAACGAGAGCUUCAGCGGGUUUCAAUUCGCAGAAGAUUAGCCCGCUACGGUCAAAGCAAGGAAUAAAUUCAUCCUCAGUAAAGAAGAGGCAGAUCCCUUUGGGCGAUGACGAUGAGACCGAUGAUGAAGGAGACGACCUAGAUCUGACUACGCCUUCGCGCACUGCAAUUACAAAGACAGCACGCACGACACAUAUGUCUAGUCCAGCAAUGCCACGGCCAGCUCCUCGGUCAGCGUUUAGUACUCCUCGCACACUGAAGUCAGCUAUAAACACAACUUCGAGGCCGGGCUCUAGCGUUGAGCGACCAACGACAGCACCUGGAGGAAGCGAAGCGCGUAAGAUAACCAAAAGCCGCGAUGCUCAAGAAGACAUCGAUGACGACGAUCCUUUUGGGAUCAACAAACGAAGGAUUCAACGCCAAAAGUCAAGGGACCAGUUCCGCAAAACGGAAGUGAAAACACGCUCUAAGCCAUCACUCGACGAUAUCCCUUCAUUCCUCUGA